AUAGGUUUAUUCAAUGGAGGAAAGCAAGGUAGUUCAUCGGCCCAACUACUCGCCAUUUAUUGUUCAACCACGCCAUUGAAGCUUCCGUUUCCUCGCAUACAAAAAACACUCCUCUCCCAGCUUCUCCUUCGCAGAUUCAGUAGAAAUGAAGGUCGUCGUGAACAGCCGGAGCGGCAGAGAACUCAUCAAGGGCGGCCUUGACCUCGCCGAUACCGCUACAGUUGCCGAUCUACAGGAACAAAUUCAUAAACAGACUAAGAAAUACUAUCCUUCCAGACAGCGACUUACUCUCCCUCUUCCGCCUGGCUCAACACAGAGGCCAACUGUUCUUCACUACAAAAAGAGUCUUAAAGAGUAUACUGAUGGGAACAAAAAUGAGUUAACUGUAAUUUUUAAGGAUCUUGGUCCACAAGUCAGCUAUCGCACACUUUUCUUCUUUGAGUAUCUGGGUCCUCUGAUUAUCUAUCCUCUCUUCUAUUACUUGCCGGUCUACAAGUUCUUUGGCUAUGAAGGGAAGCGUGUUAUCCACCCAGCUCAGACAUAUGCUAUGUAUUACUGGUGCUUUCAUUACUUUAAACGAAUCUUAGAAACAUUCUUUGUGCACCGAUUUAGCCAUGCCACUUCUCCGCUUUCCAAUGUUUUCCGCAACUGUGCCUAUUACUGGUCCUUUGGCGCUUUCAUUGCUUACUUUGUGAAUCACCCACUUUACACUCCUGUAAGUGAUCUCCAAAUGAAGAUUGGCUUUGGCUUUGGGUUGAUAUGUCAAGUUUCAAACUUUUAUUGUCACCUACUGUUGAGAAAACUUCGAAGUCCUGAUGGUAGUGGAGGGUACCAAAUCCCACGUGGAUUCUUGUUCAACAUUGUUACUUGUGCAAAUUACACAACAGAGAUUUAUCAGUGGUUAGGAUACAAUAUUGCAACACAGACUGUUGCAGGCUAUAUCUUCAUGGUUGUUGCUGCUGGCAUCAUGACUAACUGGGCACUUGCAAAGCAUCGUCGUCUGAAGAAGCUAUUUGAUGGAAAAGAAGGAAGGCCUAAAUAUCCUCGCCGAUGGGUGAUCUUGCCUCCAUUCCUGUAGAUCCAGCAUCUACCAUUUCAGUAAAGGAUUAAGAAGUCAAUUCUUAUUAGCAAAUUACAAUUGCCAAUCAGUUUUUUCCCGUUGUUGCUUUUUCCUGUUUCGUACCCAACUGUAAUGCUCGACAUUUCUGAUAGUUAUGGUUCACUACUAUACGUAUUCUCUUCUUUUUGCCGCCUUCAAUCAGAUCAUCCUGAGGGUCUCAAAAUUCAGAGAUAGCAUUGCAAAGCUGGCCAGGGAGAAACGUCCAACUCUCUACAUGUUUGAUAUGUAUAAGAAUGCUCCUAUUUCUGCCUCAUCUGUUUGUCAUUUUUCUAAUUUAAAAUAUAGGAAGAAUCGACAGGAUAUAUGUUAUGCAAUAUGGUCGGUCGGGGUCGGCAAGUGUGGGGUAUAGAACCUUGGCCUAAAUCAAACUUCAGCUGCAGUUUAUAUUUGUACUAAAUCUUACAUUUAUAUAAGAAUUUAUUCCAUUUUGAUCC